CAACCACCUUUGCAAAUUUUGGUCCACAAGAAUUAAGGCUAGCUUUCUUUGCCUUCCCUCCACUACAUGCUCUGGACUUUGACAAUUUCAAGUCUUUCUAUCUAAUUUUCCCAUUAAAUCCUCUUGGUUGAAGAUAGGCACUUGGGCAUUUGUUGAUUUCCAUUUCCAAGAUUCCAUGGCUGCUUCUUCGAUGAACUCUGUAGUUUGGUUUAUUUUCUUGCUUUAUACUAUUGUUGAUCAAGCUCAAUCCGAGGAGUUCACUUUCAAUGGAUUCAAUGGAAAAGAGAAGUUGCUUGCACUUGAUAGAGCUUCUGUUUUCAAGCCUAGCGGUGCUCUUAGGCUCACAAACAAAACAAAGAACGCCAUAGGACAUGCAUUCUAUUCCAACACCAUACAGAUGUUCAACAAAACAUCACCAAAUCCUACUUCUUUCCAGACAACUUUCGUUUUCUCGAUAGUCCCUCCGGCAUCAGGCGAAGGAGGCUUUGGCUUUGGCUUCGCUCUGUCACCCACCUCCCAGAUUCCUGGAGCUGCUGCUGGACACUAUCUUGGCCUUUUCAAUAACUUGAAUAACGGAGAGAGCACGAACCAUAUUUUUGCCGUUGAGUUUGAUACAGUUAAAGGGUUCAAUGAGACAGGAGACACCACUGGGAACCAUAUUGGGAUCAACAUCAACAGCAUGGAUUCGAAUGAAACCCAAGCAGCUGCGUACAUUAGUGUCAACGAUACGAGAGAAGACGGACUUAACUUGCACGAUGGUAAACCUAUUCAAGCUUGGGUAGAAUAUGACGGUGCGAAAAAAGUUGUGACUGUAACAAUUUGUCCAAUGGGGCAACCGAAGCCGGUCAUACCACUCAUUAACUUCACAGGCCUUAAUCUAUCUGAAAUAGUUAAAGAGAAUACAUAUGUUGGUUUCUCUGCCUCCACAGGGGAAAAUGCAAGCUCUCAUUACAUUCUGGGAUGGAGUUUUUCGACGACAGGAGCAGCCCCGGCACUGAAUCUUGAUGAGCUUCCUAUGCCACCGGACGAGAAAGAUUCAUCAUCUUUUUCCCGCACAGUGGUUGCUCUCAUCUCUGCUUUAUGCGUCAUGGCUGUUCUUUUGAUUGGAAUACUUCUUUGUCUAACGCUGUAUAAAAGCAUGGCAACAUUUGAGAGUCUUGAAGAUUGGGAAUUGGAGUGUCCCCACAGGUUUGGAUACAGAGAUCUGUAUACGGCAACUAAAGGUUUUAAAGAGAGUGAGAUCAUCGGAGUUGGCGGGUUCGGUAUAGUUUAUAAAGCUGUUAUGCGUAAUGAUGGAAAUGAAGUUGCGGUUAAGAAGAUCACUCGUAAUUCAGUCCAAGGACUGAAAGAAUUCUCAGCCGAGAUCGAAAGUCUAGGACGAUUAAGGCACAAGCACUUGGUGAAUCUCCAAGGAUGGUGUAAAAGGGAAAACGAUCUUUUUCUGGUAUAUGAUUACAUUCCAAAUGGAAGCCUUGACUCUCUCUUAUUCCAUCCUAAAAACAACUCUGUAUUAAGCUGGGAUCAAAGAUUCAACAUUGUUAAAGGCAUCGCUGCGGGGCUCUUGUAUCUGCACGAAGAGUGGGACCAAGUGGUGAUUCAUAGAGAUGUCAAGUCAAGCAAUGUCCUGAUAGAUGCAGAAAUGAAUGGACGAUUAGGGGACUUUGGUCUCGCCAGGCUAUAUGAUCAUGGCAUAAAUUCACAUACCACCAGUGUCGUUGGCACAAUUGGGUAUAUUGCACCUGAAUUGGCACGAACAGGGAAGGCCUCGACAAGCUCAGAUGUGUUUGCAUACGGUGUCCUUCUUCUUGAAGUGGCUACCGGCCGGAGGCCAAUCGGGUCAGGUCAGUUCAUUUUGGUGGAUUGGGUUUUGGAAUGCCAACAAGUGGGUAAAAUUCUUGAUGCAGUUGAUCCAAAUCUGAAUUCAAAUUAUACAGCUGAAGAAGUGGAGUUAGUAUUGGAACUGGGUCUUCUUUGUGCUCAUCAGAACUCGGAUUCUAGGCCAAGCAUGAGACAAGUUACAACGUACCUUAACGGAGAUUAUAAGCUUCCUGUAAUAGAGGAUUGGGGUUCAUAUGAGUCUCAUCAUCUAAGUGAAAUCAAUUCAAGAUUGUUGAAACUGAGUAACUGCGAAAUGACCAGCACGUCGUAUCGUUCAUCUUCCAUUAGAUACAUGUCUACAAGUUCUAUAGAUGCAGGUAGAUAGUAAUGCAGGUCAUAUGUAAUUCCAUUGUUACUUCUCAUUCCAACUCUCUCUCCCUAAUAUAAAUACACACAGAAACACAAAUCAGGCUGCAAGAGGUCUCUUGAUUUGGGUAUGUACAUUAAUCGCACAGAAGAAAAUUGAUUGUAGCUGGGUAUGGCAUUAGACUUAGAGUUCAUUAAAUUUCUAGGUAACUUCCUUUCUGUUUUUUUUUUUCUACUCUUUAUAUUUAUGUCAAUACAUCUGUUUAAUUUCUCAGCUAAUUUGAUACUUAUAUCUACAGUGCAAUAAUUGCUAUGCAAAUGUUUGUAUUGCCACAUUUUAUAACAAAAGUUAAUAUUCUUUUUGAAUUUA